UCUUAAUGAACAAUAACCAUAAAUAAAAAACAUUGUUACUAAAUGUUCAGUAUGAAAGGAUUAAGCCUUUUAAAUUAAAGAAGAUGCUUAAGAGAAGAAGAACUUAUCACGAUUGUUAAUAAAAUUCAAUCAAUAAACUCGGUAAAGUGCAACAACCAUAAGUCAUGGAAAGUCUAUAUAGAAAAUCAGAUUAUAUAAGGUUUUAUCUCUAAUUAAUUGAGAACAGGAGAGAUUUUUUUCCAGUGUCACUUUCUGUUGAACGGAGUUUAAUACACAAAUAGGAUUUAUACUACUGAUAAAAAUAGCAAUCUAUGGCUCUAAUAAUUCAUUAUUUUUCUUGUAAAUAUUGAUUAUAGCACGG